AUGGCUUUACUACGCACAGCAAUUGGCCAAAGUGCCCGAUUUUCAGUUUCCCGACAGGUUGCGCGUAGCGCCGUUAUGGGCGUGCGACCCUUGAGCACCAGCGGCGGUGCCCGCCUUGCACCCGUGCAAAUCACACCCGAGGGUCUUCCGGACCUGAAGAGUCUUCCACGACAAAAGCAGCCCACAGAGAUUAAUGCUCCUAUAGUGAAUCCUGCGGACAAGUACCUUGAGCACGUCGAGGACCUGCACAAGUACGGCAAGUACUUGAUUACGGCACUGCCCAAGUUUAUCCAAAAGUUUAGUGUGUGGAAAGACGAGUUGACCCUCUUUAUCCCACCCUCAGCUGUUAUUCCAGUCAUUACAUUCCUUAAGGAUCACACAUCUGCUCAGUACAAGACAGUCAUGGACGUUACAGCUGUUGAUUUUCCCUCGAGAACCAACCGCUUUGAGGUUGUUUACAACCUGCUCUCUGUGCGCUUCAACUCGCGCAUUCGUGUCAAGACCUAUGCCUCAGAGACUUCGCCGGUGCCAUCCAUUGCUCGCAUUUUUGAGGGAACCAACUGGUACGAGCGUGAGACUUACGAUAUGUUUGGCGUGUUUUUUGAGGGCCACCCUGAUCUCCGCCGCAUUCUGACGGAUUACGGUUUUGAAGGCCACCCUCUUCGCAAGGACUUCCCCGUCACUGGUUACACUGAGGUUCGUUAUGAUGAGGAGAAGAAGCGUGUUGUUUAUGAGCCUUUGGAAAUGACACAGGCAUUCCGCAACUUCUCGGUCGGUGCUACUGUUUGGGAGCCCGUGGGUCCUGGUCGUGACGACAGACCUGAGAGCUUCAAGUUGCCCACGCCAAAGCCCGAACCUGAGGCUGAGGAGAAGAAGUAA